AUUCAAUUCCCAUCCGUAGGACAGUCACCACAUAUUGACCAUAUUCUAUAACUAGUUAUAAUUAUUUUAAUCAAGGUUCGAUAUCAAGAUGGCAUCUAAACUAACAUUCAUUUUUUUCACAACACUUCUAGUUCUUUGCAAUGGUUUCGGAAUAAGAGACAUAUGGGACUAUUUAACAGGAGCGGGAUAUGGGCAGUAUCCUGAUUACCCUGGACCAUACCCAGGCAACCAGUACCCUGGUGGACAGUAUCCAGGUGGACAAUACCCAGGCAACCAAUACCCUGGUGGACAGUACCCAGGCAACCAAUACCCUGGUGGACAUUAUCCGGGCAACCAAUACCCUGGUGGACAUUAUCCGGGCAACCAAUACCCUGGUGGACAGUACCCUGGGAGCACUGGAGUGGAAGGCCCUCCUGGCGCACACCCUGGAUGUCCACUGUGUGAUUCUUCCGUCUACGGCUUCUGUUCAUACAAGCAAAGCCACGACUCUUGUUGCUGUGAAAAUCACGCAUACUUACCGUACUCAUGCAGAAAGGCAGACUGCAAGUUCCUCUACGCAAACUCGUGCAAGGAGUACCACCUCAUCACCAACUGCUGCUGUGUGGACCUGCAGAAGAGUGCCGCUGUGCUUCCGCCAGUCGCUGCGGCAGUCGUGCAAUAGACAAACCUGAUAGCUCCAGACAUUAUCCAAACAAAUCAUGUACUUAAAUUACAAAAAGUGUAAAAUAACAAUAACAAACACAAUUCUGAUUUACGAAAAUAUUUAGACGAACGUUACGAAAUAUUUUUAACAGUCAUUUAGAAAACGCUGUACACUUAUGAAUAAAUUAUAAUAUUUGACUUUUGAACAACAGUUGAACACUUCAUAAAACAAUAUUGUAUAACUUUUAGCUAAAGCUCCUUUGUUUUUCAACACUUUACGCUAAUAACGUAGUGUUCACCCCAAUUCGUCGAUAUUAGAGGUGACCGAUAUAUUGAGCUAUGUGCGAGGGCUUGCUAUUUUUAUUAGCAGAUAUAUCCUCUUUCUGGGCUUUUUGACUUCGUGUAACGGAAACAACAUCGUAAUAUAAAACACAAAAGACCGUUUUCGUGCAUUAGCACUUAAUAAUCAUGUAUACUUUAAGUAGCUGGUAAUGCUUAAACUUAAGUUAGAUUAAGAAAAAUUAAUAAAAUUCAAUCAACA